AUGAGGCGGUGUGUAGCUUAUGUCCAGUUGAAAGUGGGUAAGAUCACACCGUCGUUGUGGUGUGUUACAAUACAUCACACUCGACGCUCAGUAGCACUUCCAGACCCACACUCAAUUCUCACAUCACCCGCAGGGCUUUUUGCUCUCAUGAGCGGAAGAGGAAGCACUUCGUACGACAAUACAAGCUGUCCGAAAGGCGUAAAGAUGUCGGGGGGCCGAAGAAGAAGAAGAACAGAACACGGUAAUGGAGACGGAGAUGGGGAUAAGUCCUCCGCAGGGAAGGGUGCUUUCUUUAACCGGGAUGCUCUGUCCCUGGCGGUUCUCAUUCUUCUGUUGGCCGUCACUUGGGAAGCCCUCGUUUCCCAAAAGCACAUCUUCAUCAACAAGCUAAAAGAGUGGGUAUUCCUUACUCUCGAAGUGCGCUCCUCCCGUGAGGAGUACGCAAUGAUCAUGGAUUGGAUGGGGCAACAACCUCAGGGUAAAAGGGCACGCAACAUAUCGUUGAUGCCUAUUUCGGUUAUGAAGGAAUCAUCUAAUGAAAACGAGAAUGAAGCCAUGAGAGGCUGCAGCGAGGAUGAGUGCAGCAGUUGUGGCUUCGUGCCGGGUUUUGGUAGCCACUACAUGAAAUUUGAAGGUACCCGUCUGUGGAUCACCCGCUCCAUCGACACUACCAAGCAGUACCGUUCAUCACCUCACAUGGACAGGGAGGACGAAGUGUUGCGGUUAGUAUUUUUUACUCGUGACCGUGAUGUUGCCCGCAGGUUCAUGGAGAAGGUACGUUUGUCGUGGGAGGAGCGGUCGAGAGAUACGGUUCGCGUGUACCUUCCCGGUGGUUGGGGAAACCGUUGGGAGUUUCUUUCGCGGCGGCUGAGGCGGCCGCUCUCCACAUUGCAUUUGCCGGAAAGCACAACUACCAUUGUUGAUGAUGCGAAAUUCUUUUUGUCCUCUAGGGAUCUGUACAUGUCACUGGGCGUUCCCUGGCGCAGGGGAUACCUCUUUGAAGGGGCUCCUGGGACGGGGAAGACAAGUUUUAUCCUUGCCUUAGCGAGUGAACUUUCCCUUCCCGUCUAUCUCCUGUCAUUGCAGUCGAAGGAACUUGAUGAUUCUACGCUUAUAAAGUUGGUCAACUCCGUUCCACCCAGAAGUUUGCUUGUCGUAGAGGAUUUGGAAGCGGCCAUCAAGUCGCAAGUGGUUAGAGGCGAAGACAUCUCCUCCGCGAAUGUUGUUUUCAAUACAGAGGUAGGCGGGGGCAGGGACUCUGGUGUUUCGUUGAGUGCCUUGCUGAACGCCAUUGACGGGAUCGCGAGCAGUGAGGGAAGGAUUUUGGUUAUAACGACGAAUGAAACAAUGCGCCUCCCGGCACCUCAGGCACUUCUAAGGCCCGGGAGGAUCGACCGGCGAGUCUGCUUCGGUCCUUUAGACGCCACCAUCAUGCAGGAGAUGCAGCAUUCCUUCCUGCAUUUGGUUAAACCAUUCUGUGCUGAUCGCGAAGGUAGUCGCGUAACACUUGAGGAUUGCGGUGUCGGCGCUUUGGGAACAACCCCGGCAGAACUGCAGAAUCAAUUUCUUGCCGCUAUUUACAGAAAAUGUCGUCGAUGA